UCCCGAGUCACUCCUCCAGCAGAUUGGGCACCCCGCAUAAGCACACUAUCACCCCUCUUCCACUCCCUGGUCGACUUCAGGCUUACACUCCUUUGCUUAUCUCCAUGCUACUUGCUGCAUAGCUAUAUAUAAGUCCCUCAUGAGAUAUCUCACCCGCCUCUUACUCUGCUCUCCUUCCGCUCCGAGACCCUUAGUUUCAAUUGCGCGAAUCGCAUACCCUCCUCAAUUGAUAAUGGCCAGCACAUCAACUGUCGCGCAUGGCGGUAGCAACAGGCCCAGCACGUGGCAAGGUGCUGGCGCCGCUGAGUUCGAUCUCAGAAGCGAUACCAUGACAAAACCUACGCCCACAAUGCUGGAAGCCAUCUGCCAAACCACGCUUCUCGACGACGUCUUCGGUGAAGACCCCACAACAAAUGACCUGGAAGCAUACGUGGCGGAGCGGACACAGCAUGAAAGUGCUUUGCUGGUAAUGUCUGGCACCAUGGGCAAUCAGGUCGCGAUCCGCACCCAUUUGAAGGAGCCACCCUACUCAGUGCUGUGCGAUCACCGUGCACAUAUCCUCCGCUACGAGGCUGGAGGUGUCAGCUCUUUGACUGGUGCGACUGUUUUCCCAGUUGUUCCCAAAAAUGGCACCUACCUUACUCUGGAGGACAUUCAAAAGCAUGCCGUGCUGAGUGAGAAUAUCCACUAUUGUCCCACGAAAGUCAUAAGUCUCGAGAACACCCUGGACGGGAGGGUUAUGCCACUCGCGGAAGCUCAGAGGAUCACUGAGUGGGCGCAUGCAAAUGGUAUCAAAGUGCACCUUGAUGGUGCGAGACUAUGGGAAGCAGUGGUGUCUGGCGCAGGUAGCCUGCCAGAAUACGCCUCCCUGUUUGACAGCGUGAGUCUGUGCUUCUCCAAAGGUCUAGGCGCUCCCAUCGGCAGUAUCAUCGUAGGGUCCGCAGACUUUAUCAAGAAGGCUCGGUGGUUCCGGAAGACGAUUGGCGGAGGAGUGCGUCAAGCGGGCGUGCUGGCGGCGGCCGCCCGAGUCGCCGUUGAAGAAACUUUCGGGUCUGAUCCUCAUGGCAAGCAAGGAAAACUCCUCUCAUCGCAUCAAAAUGCAAAGAAGGUUGCUCAGCUAUGGACAAGUCUAGGAGGCAAGCUCUCCCACCCAGUGGAGACAAACAUGGUCUGGCUGGAUCUCGAGGCGUCGGGGCCAGGAUGCAACGAUCUGGAGACCAUCGCCCAGGAAAAGGGUCUCAAGCUAUCAGGUAAUCGAAUUGUAAUUCACUACCAGGUAUCCGACGAGGCCAUUGCCCGGUUGGAGCAAGUCUUCAAGACAGCAUUGAGCGGAGAGUAUCAACGUAGUACUGAUCGAAGUAAGCCCUACGGUACGCGAUAGAUAAAGAAACUGGUGAUGCAAGAUGGUAUAUAGAGUCC